AUGGCCGCCCCGCUCACCAAGCCGCUCGGCGCCUGCUGCUUCCGCACGAUCCCGCACUCGGGCACCGCGCGCGGCACCUGGGAGACCAUCGCCGGCGUCGAGACCUACGUCGCGCGCCCGUCUUCUGCGCCCGACGCCAAGGUGAUCCUGCACUUCUCGGACGCGUUCGGGGCCUCGGCCGUGAACUCGCAGCUCGCGAUGGACUACUGGGCCGACGCUGGCUUCACCGUGCUCGGGAUCGAGUACUUCGAGGGCGACACCGCGGGGAAGCACGUCGGCACGCCUGGGUGGGAUGGGAUGGCGUGGGCGACGGAGAAGCUGAGGCGCGCGAGGGAGGUCACCCCGCCGUGGAUUGACGCGGUGCGGGCGCGGUACGGUGCGGACGUCAAGUACUUUGCAGUGGGAUACUGCUUCGGGGGGUCGUUCAUCAUGGACAUGGUCGCCCAGGACUGGAUCACCGCCGGCGCGUUCGCGCACCCCGGCUUCCUCGACGAGGACCACUUCCGCAACGCGAAGAAACCGCUCCUGAUGUCCUGCCCCGAGGACGACUUCACGUUCCCGCUCGACCUCCGCCGGCGCGCCGAGGACACCCUCCUCGCGCGCCCCGCCGCGUCCGCGGCGCCAUACACGAUCCAGGUCUUCAGCGGCGCGUCGCACGGUUUCGCGACGCGCGCGGACCCCGCGAAGCGCACCGAACAGUGGGCGAAGGAGGAGGCCGCGCGGACCGUCGUUUCCUUCUUCGAUUUCUACGCGCAGCAGCCGUGGACGCCGCCCGCGCCGAGCGCAUGA